AUGGGUUAUAACAUUUUCAGAAAUGAUCGAGUAGGAAAACUUGGUGGUGGAGUUUUAUUAGCAGUGAAACAACACAUUAAAUGUCGAGAAGUACUUAACAAAACAUCACACAUGAAUGAAAUAAUUGCAAUUGAGGUUGAAACACAAUUAUUCAAGUCGAUAUUGAUAGCCUCCAUCUAUGUUCCACCAACAGCAAAGAUGGAUCUUAAGAUCUUCCAAGAAUUGUAUAACAUCAACAACAACUGUAUUAUUGUAGGUGAUCUCAAUGCAACAUUACAUCACAUGGGAUCAGCCAAGGCAGAUACAAGAGGAAGACAGCUGCAAGAAUUAUUUAAAGAAGGUUUUAUUGAAGGUGUAGAUGAUGAUACUCCAACAUUUGAAAAGAAUGACUAUGAAGUUAAGCUCGACUAG